GUGGAGAGAGAAAGUGUGAAAGUAGAAAAAGAAGGUGUACGCAGCGUCACAGGCUAGCAAAAACCAAGCAAACAAAAGCUCCACCCAAACCCAAAGUUCUACUGCUGCUGACGAAGAACAAACAGACCCCCUACCCAGUUGCUGCUAGUUGGUAAGCAAACACAGAAUGUGAAUCUCUGCCAUUGCCAUUCCUUUCUUUUCUUCAUUCCCAUGAUUUUCGCCCACUCAUACUUUUUAAAAUUUCAAAACCCAAGUUUCUGAUCUCUUCCUCUCUCUCAACCUGGGUUUUUCAGUGAGCCAUGAGAAAUUCCCAUUUCUUUCUCACUCUAAUAGUACUUGCUGUCAGUUAUACACUACGGUUUCAAGCUCAUGCUGCUCCUGCAGGGCCUUUGAUAAAACACAUAUCUUCUAUUCUCAAAUGGACCAGGUCGUCCUCCAAAACACCCCAAUCAGAUGGAAAUGUUCUUCAAUUUGAGGAUGGAUACUUAGUUGAGACUGUGGUGGAGGGAAACGAUAUUGGAGUGGUUCCUUACAAAAUUCGUGUUUCUGAGGAUGGCGAAUUAUUUGCAGUUGAUUCAGUUAAUAGCAACAUUGUCCGCAUCACUCCACCGUUGUCCCAAUAUAGUAGGGCAAGAUUGGUUGCUGGAUCAUUUCAAGGUUACACGGGACAUGUAGAUGGAAAGCCUAGUGAUGCACGUUUCAAUCAUCCCAAAGGUGUGACCAUGGAUGAUAAAGGGAACGUGUAUGUUGCUGAUACAUUGAAUCUCGCCAUCAGAAAAAUCGGAGAAACUGGUGUCACAACCAUUGCUGGUGGAAAAUCAAAUGUAGCUGGCUAUAGGGAUGGACCUAGCGAGGAUGCCAAGUUCUCAAAUGAUUUUGAUAUAGUAUAUGUUCGACCUACUUGUUCUUUAUUAGUUGUUGACAGAGGGAAUGCUGCUCUACGGCAAAUUGCUCUUAACCAGGAGGAUUGUGAUUAUCAGAGCAAUUCAAUUUCUUCCACAGACAUCCUUUUGGUUGUUGGUGCUGUCUUGGUAGGGUAUGCUACAUGCAUCCUUCAGCAGGGAUUUGGGCCCUCUUUCUUCUCAAGGAUGCCGUUUGAGAGUGAAAUAAAGGAGCAACCUAGGAAAGAGGAACCCACUUUCGUUGGGGAAAAGACAAAAGAGGAACCGGGAUGGCCAUCUUUUGGACAGCUCAUUAUUGAUCUAUCUAAGCUUGGUCUUGAAGCGUUGGUUGGCAGCUUUCUUUUCUUCAUUCCAUCUCGUUUCAGAUCCACUGGUCCCAAGAAAGGCAUUACACCAUUGAAAGAUUCUCUUACGAUGCCCGAAGAUGAAGCGGAACCUCCAUUAAAGCAAACUCAGAGACAAAGUACUCCUGCUACCCUUUCUCAAACUCGGCAGGCCCAUACUCCAAGUGCAAGUGAAAAAUAUUCGGAAAUGAAGCCUCCAAAAAUAAAGUCAAAUAGUUUUAAGGAUCUGUCUUUAUCAAGCAAGCAUCGGUCUUCGAAACGACAAGAAUAUGCAGAAUUCUAUGGAUCUGGUGAAGUCCCUCCUAGUAGCAGGUCUAAGAGCAUGAAAGAAAGAACAAGGCAUCGCCAGCGAGAAAAGAGUGGAGAAGUAGUUUUUGGAGCAGUAGGGGCAGAACCGAAACCUGUUGAGAUGAAGCCAGUGAAUUAUGACAAUCCAAAGUUUGAUCAUUACAAUAUGAGGAAUAGGUAUGGACCGGAUGAUUCAUAUCGUUACUGAUGAAACUGCAUCCAGUAACUACAAUUUGGCUCCCAGCCAAAUGCAAUGCGUUUUGCCCAAUCUUGAGCUAAUAUGUAUCCUAUGUUUCUUCUUUGAUCUAGUUUUUGCAGUUUGACUAUUCCGUAUCAAAGGAUGUAUGCUAUAGGGAAAAAAUUAUAGAAGAUGAUUAGCUAAAGAUUGUUUUACUUGAGCCAAAGAAAAUGACUAUUUUUGGUCUGUGAGCAUCAACUACAAAAGAUGUGACUGUUCAAUGUCUAGGUUAAAGCAAAUGCAUUUGUUUUAUUAAAUUUA